AUGCAUCUGCUGCUGUUGCUGGUGACGUGGGCUUUUCUCGUAUGCCAAGUAUUGUGUGAUGAUGUCUCAGAUAUUCUGACAAAGAUACCAGACUGCGCUGGAAGCUGUCUUAUCGAUCUCGUAUCAACGUCAACAUGUGGCAUUGACGUCCAAUGUCUUUGCGCCGACCCGAAACUCAAGACACAAGUAGCAAGCUGUGUUCAGAAGAAAUGUCUGCCGUGGGAUUCACUGUCGACGCUGAAUGUCACCUCGGUUGCUUGUGAUUUUCCGGUGCGAGACAAACAUGCGCAAUUCGACAUUUUGGCCAUUACGUUGAUUACAAUUACGGUGAUUGUGGUUGGUCUUCGUUUUUUGGAGAAGUUGCGGUACGAGAGGAAGUUCAGGCUAGAUGACUAUCUUGUCGUAGCUUGCUUUCUGAUUGACUUAGGAAACACUAUUGUUUGUGUCUAUGGCCUUUCGGGCAAUGGUCUUGGGAGAGAUGCAUGGUUAUUCAGCCCAGAUACAAUCACGACCUAUCUCUGCUACCUCUACAUUGGCCAAACUCUCUACGCCUCCGACGUCUUCCUCACAAAAAUAUGCGUCGCCCUCUUCUACCUCCGAAUCUUUCCUGUCGUGACCGUCCAACGUCUUAUAUGGGGUACGAUCGGCGUUGCAGCCCUCGGCAUGGUAAUCUUUGACAUAUUGGCUAUCACACAAUGUCAGCCGAUUAGCUUCUACUGGACAGGUUGGGAUCAGCUACAUGAGGGACACUGUCUUGGCAUCAAUCCAUUGGCUUGGGCUAUUGCAGCCGUGAGUAUCAUCAUGGAUCUUUGGAUUUGCCUGGUUGUACUGUCGCUUAUAACAACUAACGUAAGUAGUGUUACCAUUGUCAGUAUUCUACGGCUGCGAUACUUGGUUGCUUUUGGCAACUCUCAGAACCCAACCUGGAACAGUUUCGAAACCUGCUACUGGUCCGUUAUUGAGAUUAAUAUCGGUUUAUGGUGCGUCUGUCUUCCUGAUCUCCGGAUGCUUAUCCUUAAGGCAUUCCCAAGACUUGGUAGUUCCAUCGACUCGGGCCCCAGAAACCCUCACCAAGGAUCAUCUGCGCCCAGACAGCAAGGAAGAACUCCAAGUAGCUCGCGUCAUACCGAGAGUACCAUUUAUAAAGGAAAACAGAGUCAGGCGCAGCAGGAAGCUUCGUCAAGCACGGCUGAACUGGUUGAGAUGACAACAUUCAUGAAUGAUAGUAGGAGUGUAGUUUAG